AUGAGGCGCUGCAUCCGUCGUGGGCCGCGAAGCAGAAGCAGAAGGCGCUGCUUGCCGCCGCCCCUCAGGGCAAAAAGGUGGUGUUUGGAGACGACGGGGACACCGUCGUGCGGACGGCGGCGCCGCCUGCAGCGGCAGCGGCAGCGGCGCCGUCGCCGGCCUCGCAGGCGCCAAGCAGGCGGCCGCGCGCGGAGAGGCCUGCGGCGGGCGGCGGCCGCGGCGGCAGGGGCGGCUUUGGCGGCGGCGGCGGAGGGAGCCGCGGCGGCGGGAGGGGCGCGGCCCUUGCGUCGCCGCCGGCAGCGGCCGCGGCGGCAGAGUCGUUACACCCGUCAUGGCAGGCCAAGAAGCUCCAGGCAGCAAAGGCCAGCGCGGCGGCGGUUGCCGGGGGUGGGCCGAAGAAGGUCGUUUUCGAUGACUGACUGCUGA